UUCUUCCUUCUUCUUCCUCAAAAUCUCAGUCUUCUCAGGCUUCAUCCAUGGCAUCAGGUGACAAUGGCAGAACUCUACCCAAAUUUGGUGAGUGGGAUGCUAAGGAUCCUGCUUCGGCUGAAGGGUUCACGAUGAUUUUCAACAAGGCAAGAGAUAAUAAGAAGAAUGGAGGAGGAACAACUUCAAAGACAGUGAUUUCGCAGAAAACCCAAAACCAAAAACAUGAAGCUUCAAAGAAGAAUCACAAGUACGAGUUUCCAAGAAAGAAAGCAUGGAGUUGCUUCGCUUUUUAGCCUUUUUUGUGCUUCUCAAAGAACAAAAUUCUGCUGCUUCUGGGUGGCUGCCUUCUUUAGUGCAGAGAAUAUUAUGAUGCUGUGGAUAUGCAAAUUUUUUGUGUAUAUAUUUGGCCAUUUGGGUCUCUUAUUUUUGGAAAAAUAUUUGAUGGGAUUUUCUCUCUGUUCAUUACAUUAGGCUUCUUGUUGGGUUACCCUCAUCCUGUAUUUGAAACAUUCUUUAUUAGAUUUUUUUGAAGUCAUGUAUUGUUAUAUUGAAGUGGUCUUAUUUGAUCAUCA